AUGGCAAAGAUAUUCAUCAACACUCUCCACUUAUCAGCUCUCAUGAUGUUCCUCUUGUUUAUUUCUAGUGGAUUACCAAAGGUGAAUGGCCAGCCAGGCCCAUGUCUUGCUGAAUUGGGUGAACCAGAACCUCCGUUUAUAUGCAGGGGACUUCUCAGUGCACGAACUUGUAAUGGUCGUUGCAAGCUAAGGAAUAUAAGACAUACUGGCAUUUGUAAACCGGAAGAUAAUGCACUUCACUGCCACUGCUACGAACCUUGUACUUAA